GCCAUUUUGCUGCUGAACGCCAAGAGAGAAAGACAGCACGUAGUUCUCCGCGGGACCCAACUCAUAUUGGUAGCUGCGAGAUGGGUGAUUGGAGUUUCCUGGGGAACAUCUUGGAGGAGGUGAAUGAGCACUCCACGGUCAUCGGCAGGGUCUGGCUCACUGUGCUCUUCAUCUUCCGGAUCCUGAUUCUGGGCACAGCGGCGGAGUUCGUGUGGGGGGAUGAGCAGUCCGACUUCGUGUGCAACACCCAGCAACCCGGCUGUGAGAACGUCUGUUACGAUGAGGCCUUCCCCAUCUCCCACAUCCGCCUGUGGGUCCUGCAGAUCAUCUUCGUCUCCACUCCAUCCCUCAUGUACGUGGGACACGCGGUGCACCACGUGCGCAUGGAGGAGAAGCGCAAGGACCGCGAGGCGGAGGAGCAGUCUCGGGGUGACGGGAGCGAGAGGGUGCCCGUGAGCCCCGACCAGGCGAGCAUCAGGAAGAGCAGCAGCAGCAGCAAAGGCACCAAGAAGUUCCGGCUGGAGGGGACCCUGCUGAGGACCUACGUCUGCCACAUCAUCUUCAAGACCCUCUUUGAGGUAGGUUUCAUCGUGGGCCACUACUUCCUGUACGGUUUCCGCAUCCUGCCCCUCUACCGCUGCAGCCGCUGGCCCUGCCCCAACGUGGUGGACUGUUUCGUGUCCAGGCCCACUGAGAAAACCAUCUUCAUCUUGUUCAUGCUGUCUGUGGCCUUUGUGUCCCUCUUCCUCAACAUUAUGGAGAUGAGCCACCUGGGCCUCAAGGGUAUCCGGUCUGCCUUCAAGAGGCCCGUGGAGCAGCCACUGGGGGAGAUCCCUGAGAAAUCCCUUCACUCCAUUGCCGUCUCCUCCAUCCAGAAAGCCAAGGGCUACCAGCUCCUCGAAGAAGAGAAAAUCGUAUCCCACUAUUUCCCUUUGACUGAGGUUGGGAUGGUGGAGACAAGCCCUCUUUCAGCCAAGCCCUUCGGACAGUUCGAGGAAAAGAUUGGCAGCGGAUCCUUAGCUGAGAUGCCCCGGGGUUACCAAGAGACAUUGCCCUCCUACGCUCAGGUGGGAGUGCCUGAGGUGGAGGGGGAGGAGCCGCCGGUAGAGGAAGCUGCAGAACCAGAAGUGGGAGAGAAGAAGCCAGAAGCAGAGAAGGUGACCCCGGAGGUGCCUGAGACACUGCAAGUGCAGGAGGGAGAGAAGGUGGAGAUCCCUGGAGUGGGGACGGAGGGAGAAAAAGAAGAGCUGCAGGCCGAGAAGGUUUCCAAGCCAGGGCUGCCGGCUGAGAAGACGCCAUCGCUGUGUCCGGAGCUGACCACCGAUGAUAUCAGACCCCUGAGCAGGCUGAGCAAAGCCAGCAGCCGGGCCAGGUCAGACGAUCUAACCAUAUGAAGUGGCGCCCAA